UGCUAACCUUGUAGCUUCCUGUGACUUGCAACGGCGAAUGACUCAACUUUAAGCGACCUUUCAGCAGCCUAUAAUUGCCAAACUGAGAGCACCACCUACUAUAAUCCCGGCCUACCCGCCUAGCCGCUAAAGCCCUUCCCCACAACGCCCGUCACUACCCACUCGGCCACUAUGAUGACCGUUACACCUGAAUAUCAGAGCUCGUUUACCGGUAACAACUUUUUUUUCUAUCUUUCGAAUUUUGGUGUUUUCGCGCGGGUGAGAUUCGGCCUUUUCUUCUUCUUCCCAUUCCCUACGUAGCAGCAGAAUAUGGCCCCAAAAAAGAAGAAGACGAAACCAGUAGCCAAUCCUGCUCGAGGCUUUGCUACAACGUCGAUCGCCUCGAAACCGAAACCGCGAGCUGAAAUUACCAAAGAACCGGCGCAAACCGCUGCGGAGGGAGGGAAGCUCGAUGCCCCUCCAACGUCGUCAUCUCGCGAUCCCAAUACCCCACCAUCGAAUCCUAACUCCAACAAUACACCCCAAACUUCUCAGCAGAAAGAGGUUCUAAGCCCAGAAGAAUUCGAGAGACAGUUAGAGGAGUCCGAGCUGCAGCUUCUAGUCGAGAAAUAUGCACAGAAAGUAAAGAGGGAUGCCCAACGCCAAAAGUCUAGGCUCGAGACUGAUCGUCGAUUGCUUCGCGGACAAGCCGAGCCUUUAAAUACUAGGAAAUGGCUACCUCAAGAGCUUAUGGACCACAUCUUGGAUUUGAUCCAGGCUGAAAACCGGUUCGGUGCAUCCUCACUGGCACCGGAGAGUACAAAUAGUAACGGCAAGUUACCCUCGGAGGAAGAUUUGGUGAUUAGGUUGUGGACCCUGCAGCAGACCCUGACGGGCGCCAGCUUUUCCGAGGACAAGGUUAAGGCCGUACUACAACACGUACUUGAUAUUGCUGUCUCUAUCGGUAGCACGAGUAAGGAUAACAUUUGGGGUUUGGAGGAAGCUCUGGACUGGCUCGCCCGCGAAUGCACGAGAGACGAGCUCCACGAUUACGAUUAUAGGGGUAGGCCCGCGAAGUCCCAAGCAGAUACACCCGCGGACAGUCCUUUACCGUCUGGUGCGAAUACCCCUCGUCUUUUAGAUAUCAAUAGCGGGCAGAAACUCGCCAGUUCCAAGAAUGGAACACCAGCUCUAAAAUCAGCCACUUCAAAGAAAGUUGCCAUCGUCUGCCAUGAAGACAUUGAGCCUGAUGAUCUCAUCCCUGCUUAUCUUGAAUCUAAGGCCAAAUUAUUCCAACUCCAGCGACCAAAGCAGGAUAAUAAAAAGGGGAAAUCGACCAAGAAUCAUAACUCAAAUAGCAUAAAACAUUCCACCGCGGAACUAUCAGGCGACGAUUUAGAAGAAGCCAAAUUACUAGCAAAGAUCGAAAAAAUUGAACAAGAUGUACUUUUUGAUAAGAUUCUUGCCGAGCACCAAUGGCGUGCGGAUCGUAUAGAGCUGGAGAAGGAAUUCGCAGCCAAGAAGAAGGCGGAAGCUGAAGCGGAAGCUGAAGAUGAGGCGAAGGAAAACCCCGACAUAUCCCAUGGGGCAGAGUCGGAUGAUGAUGAUGAUGAGGUUACUAAGGAAGCCCAACGAAUCGCAGCGGAGAUCUUACAGCAGGAUGACGACGAUGACGAUCAAGCUCUAUCUGACCUUUUUGCGAACCUCCCCGUUCAAGAAACCGAUGCUAUAACGGGCAAGACAACGACCGUAAUCAAUGGAACAGAUGGUGUCAGAAUCACAAUUCGCGAUUUUGGUAAGUGGACGGGCGUUAGCCCGAUGCGUGCUUUAGAGGAAGCUUGCAGAUCAAGGGACUCGUCCGCCAAGAUUAUAUAUAAACUUGUAUCUGAGAAUCCAUAUUCCCACCGCCAUCUAGUUUCUAUCCAAUGGUCUAAACCGCAGGAGCUCAUACCAGUUCCUGAAAUUCCGUCUAUUGAGAGUGCUAUUUCUCCUCAACAAUUCGUUUUCCAGAUGGCUUCUAUAGCGACCCCUGACUCUAAGCAGUCCGAAGCAUAUAUUGCUACUUUAGCACUCUUCGUGGUUUUUGGUUCCACUAAGGAAGAGAAGGUUUUUAUGCGACUACCUGCGGCGUGGAGAGAAUUAUGGUCGGAGCUCGCAGAGGAGAAGAAGAACCGGACUGAUGCUGCAGACCGAGCAGCGAUUAGGGAACUUCGCGCAUUAGUUCGCGAAAAGCAUGAUCAAGAACUCGAAGAUGGCGUACUUCUUCAAGGCGCUUUCAGGGGGCGCGCUUCACAGCGCAGUACCAACGAAGUAGGCGACGAAUUUAACGCAGAGAGAGGAGCCGCGAACACAAUCGGGUCGGAAUACUACCAGAGGAUAUGGGCUGAUAAGUCCAGUACGCCGAGAUUCCAAUCUAUGCUGCAAUUCCGAAUGCAACUCCCGAUGUGGCAUUUUAGAGACCAGGUCCUCAGUGCUGUCGAGCGCGAACAGGUCGUUAUCAUCUGCGGAGAAACAGGAUGCGGUAAGAGCACACAGGUGCCAUCGUUCCUUUUAGAACAUCAGUUAUCUCAAGGCCGACCGUGCAAGAUUUAUUGCACAGAGCCUCGACGUAUAUCCGCCAUCUCGCUCGCCCGUCGCGUCAGCGAAGAGCUCGGCGAAGGAAGGAGUGAUGUUGGUACCUCGAGAUCUCUCGUGGGUUAUUCUAUUCGUCUAGAAGCGAAUACGUCAAAGGAGACUCGGCUCGUCUAUGCCACAACCGGUAUAGUGAUGAGGAUGCUCGAGGGGUCCAAUGAACUACGCGAAAUCACUCAUCUCGUCCUUGACGAAGUCCACGAGCGCUCGAUCGAUUCUGAUUUCUUGCUAAUUGUACUGAAGAAGCUACUGAUUCGAAGAAAAGACCUAAAGGUGGUCCUCAUGUCUGCCACUGUCGAUGCGGAGAGGUUCUCGAACUACUUGGGACGUGCACCCAUUCUGAAUGUGCCCGGUCGUACGUUCCCGGUGCAAGUUAAAUAUCUAGAGGACGCUCUCGAGGCUACUGGUUAUGUACCUGACCAGCUUAGCCACGAGAAGAUGACAGACUUGGACGAUGACCCAGCAGAGAUUGACGCUGCUGAUUCUAACACUACUACGGCCGCCGCUAAGGAGUUGCGACAAUACUCGGCCAGAACUCGAAACACACUAUCUCAACUUGACGAAUACCAAAUUGAUUUUGAUCUCAUCGUGCAACUGAUUGGGCAAAUAGCUGUUGAUCCGACUUACAUAAAUUAUAGCAAGGCGAUACUAGUAUUUCUUCCCGGAAUUGCCGAGAUUAGGACUCUAAAUGACUCCUUACUGGGUGAGCCUUUCUUCCAAAGGGGCUGGGAGAUAUUCCCCUUACACUCCACCAUCGCUACCGAAGACCAGGAACGAGCAUUCCUCAUCCCCCCAGAUGGAGUAAGGAAAAUCGUGUUAGCCACCAACAUCGCAGAAACUGGAAUUACCAUUCCGGACGUAACUUGUGUUAUUGAUACUGGAAAGCAUCGCGAGAUGAGAUUUGACGAGAGGAGACAGUUGUCGCGUCUCAUUGAUACGUUCAUCUCGAGAGCGAACGCUAAACAGCGACGAGGACGAGCAGGACGUGUUCAAGAGGGCCUCUGCUUCCAUCUUUUUACAAAAUACCGACAUGAUCACUUGAUGAGCGAUCAGCAGACGCCAGAGAUGCUGCGGCUCUCAUUACAGGAUCUAGCUAUACGUGUCAAAAUCUGCAAGAUCGGUGGCAUCGAGGAGACGUUAGGUGAAGCGCUCGAUGCGCCAUCCGCUAAGAAUAUCCGUAGAGCCAUCGAUGCUCUUAUCGAUGUACGAGCUCUUACAAAUACUGAAGAAUUAACUCCAUUAGGACAUCAAUUAGCAAGGCUGCCUCUCGACGUAUUCCUGGGCAAGCUUAUCCUUCAGGGUACGAUUUUCAAGUGUCUCGAUAUGGCUAUUACUGUAGCCGCCAUUUUAUCAUCUAAAUCACCGUUUACUGCGCCUUUUGGUCAACGAAGCCAAGCCGACCAGGCGCGUAAAGCGUUCAGGAGGGGUGAUUCCGACCUACUUACUGUAUAUAACGCUUACCAAGGCUGGAAGAAGGUGUGCCAGGCAUCUAACAACGACUUUCAAUAUUGCAAGAAGAAUUUCCUAUCUCCACAAACGCUCUCCAACAUCGAGGACCUGAAGGGUCAGCUGCUUGUUGCGCUCGCAGACUCGGGUUUCUUACAACUUACCGACGAUGAACGACGCACGCUAAACCGUCUCCGAUACUCUAACCGACGACGUCAAUUCUACGACCUUCCCCAGCGUGUUAAUAUCCACAGCGACAACGACGUCAUCGCAGCUUCUGUGAUCGCGUGGAGCUUUUAUCCGAAACUCUUGGUGCGCGAAGGUAAGGGAUUUCGCAACGUCGGAAACAACCAGAGUAUCAGCCUCCACCCGUCGAGCGUCAACAAGGGGCGCAUGGAGCUUCGGUGGUUAUCCUACUAUCAUAUUAUGCAGUCAAAACAGUUUCUCAAUGCUCACGAGACCACGGCCGUCGAGAAUUUCGCCAUCGCCCUGCUAUGCGGUGACGUGCGUAUUGACAUGUACGCAGGCGUCAUCGUGCUCGACGGCAACCGCGCGCGCUUUAGCGUAUCCGACUGGAAGACGAUGCUCGCGAUCAAAGCGUUGCGAACGCGGCUCCGCGACGUGCUCACGCGCUCGUUCCGCAUGCCCGGCAAGCUGCUCACGGCCCAGCAGGAGAAGUGGCUCGACGCAUGGCAGCGCGUCUUCAGCCAGGACUUCGGCAGUAAGGCCUAGGAUGCCGUUUCGACGCCUUGUCCGAAAGUAGUCGAGAUUCUACGGUUUAGGAAGCAAAAGCCGGCGUUGGCGGAGUAGAUGUCACGGUUAUCAUAGUCCGCAUCGGCGGACUAGGGAGAUGAAAGAUUACGCAAACAAUACAUUGGCUGGUUGCGUGUAUACAUACAGGUAGGUAUGUAUGUAUGUAUGUGGAUAUCACAUGUACCGUGUUCUGGGAUGGAUGAGUAGUUGGAAGACCGAAAUAGGUCUAAAGGUAUUGCACGUCCGCGUUUAGAAUUAUCUUCCCUUUGCCUCCCUAUUUUACUCUCAUAGAUUCAGCCCACGCGUAGUUCUAUGGAGGCGAGCAUGUUUUGGUGGAAGGGAGAGUAGGUACAGCAAUAGCAGCUCGAAUACAUAUUCACUUCGUGAAGGUUUCUAACCCA